CACCGUCCAACACGCAUCUGAUCGCUACAAUACAAUGGCAGCACAAUCAGGCUACCCUCCGGCGAACGGGAUCACCGUUGUCAGCCCCCACUUUCUUGCUCCGUACCCCGUAGAUCUAACCAUCGUCAAGAAACUCUUGACUCUCUCCGACGGAAACUUUGCCAUCACCGACGUUAACGGCAACGUUAUGUUUAAAGUCAAAGGGAAACAUAUUAGCCUUCGUGAUCGCAGAGUUUUGCUUGAUGCUGCCGGAAAUCCGAUCCUUUCGUUCCAGAAAAAGCUGAUAAGUGUUCACAACCGAUGGGUGGUGUUCAGGGGAGAUAGCUCGGAUUCGAAAGAUUUAAUCUUCACCGCGAAACAGUCUUCUUUGAUCCAACUCAAGACGUCUCUUGACGUGUUCUUGGGGUACAAUGAUAAAGAAAAUGUUUGUGAUUUCAAAGUCAAAGGCAGCUGGUUUGACCGAUCAUGCACCAUAUAUGCUGGAGAUGGUGCCACCAUCAUUGCUCAGAUGCACAAGAAGCACACGGUUCAAAGCAUUGCGCUUGGGAAAGACACGUUUUCUGUGACGGUGUAUCCUAAUGUCGACUACGCUUUCAUUGUUGCACUUGUUGUGAUCCUCCAUGAAAUCAACGAAGAGAAAAAUGAUGUAGAGUAAUUAUAAAUGUAUGUUAUUGUAUCAUAUGUAUAACCAAACCUUACAUGUUUUAGCAUGCAUUUUAAUUUGGCAAGAAUGGUGAUAUUUACAUCA